ACAAAAAUAUUCCCACAAUUUCUGACAUAAACACUCGAAAUCUCAAUUCUCAUUCCUUCCCUUCUCUUUCAAUCCUAUUGUCCCUACCAAAUAACAUUUCUUUGAUUGAAUUGCUGAAAACAAAUAUGGACAAAAACAAUUCCAGCGAAAACCAAGAGCAGGAAGAACAAGUAGUAAACCCAUGGGAAGUUUCAGCGAAAGGCAAAAUCGACUACGACAAGCUCAUUGAAAAGUUUGGUUGCCAGCGCCUUGAUCAGUCGAUAAUCGAUCGAGUUGCCCGCCUCACCGGCCGUCCCCCACAUGUCUUCCUCCGCCGUGCCGUGUUCUUCGCUCACCGCGAUUUCAAUGAGAUUCUGGAUGCCUAUGAAAGAGGGGAGAAGUUCUAUUUGUACACUGGACGUGGGCCUUCGUCGGAGGCCUUGCAUUUGGGCCAUCUCGUUCCUUUCAUGUUCACCAAGUACUUGCAGGAUGCCUUUAAGGUGCCACUGGUGAUACAGCUAACUGAUGAUGAGAAGUGCAUGUGGAAGAAUUUGACAGUGGAGGAGAGCCAGAGACUGGCACGUGAAAAUGCUAAAGAUAUAAUCGCUUGUGGAUUUGACGCUUCGAAGACAUUUAUAUUCUCGGAUUUUGAUUAUGUUGGUGGUUCCUUCUACAAAAACAUGGUCAAGAUUGCCAAAUGUGUUACAUAUAACAAGGUAGUUGGUAUUUUUGGUUUUACUGGUGAAGAUCACAUUGGAAAAGUUAGCUUUCCGCCAGUUCAGGCUGCUCCUUCUUUUCCAAGUUCAUUUCCACAUCUCUUUACUGGCAUGGAUAAUCUUCGAUGUUUGAUUCCCUGUGCAAUUGACCAGGAUCCUUACUUCCGAAUGACACGAGAUGUUGCUCCUCGGUUAGGUUAUCACAAGCCUGCUUUGAUAGAAUCAUUAUUCUUUCCUGCACUUCAGGGGGAGACAGGAAAAAUGUCUGCCAGUGAUCCUAAUUCUGCCAUCUAUGUGACUGAUUCCGGGAAGGAUAUUAAGAACAAGAUAAACAAAUAUGCUUUCUCUGGCGGGCAAGACUCUGUUGAAAAUCAUCGCAAGUAUGGAGCAAACCUUGAGGUGGACAUACCAAUUAAAUAUCUUGGUUUUUUCCUGGAGGAUGAUGCUGAACUUGAAUAUAUCAGGACAGAAUAUGGAGCUGGUCGUAUGCUAACAGGUGAAGUGAAGAAGCAGCUUACAGAAAUUCUAAUGGAAAUGGUUGAAAGACAUCGCAGGGCCAGAGCUGCUGUGACAGAUGAGAUGGUAGAUGCAUUCAUGGCAGUACGACCACUCCCCAACAUGUUCCGCUAAACUGGAAGGAAAUGACAGUCAAAUUCUAUGUGUUUCUUGCAAAAGCUACAGCAUAUCUUACUCAUCAAUUUGGAAGAACACUUGAAAUCAGAAGAAUUUUGUUCUAUCAUGUAUCAUUUUUUACACACCUUGUCAAUUUAUCCAGUAUAAUUAAGAGUGUGCGCAUGCAAUUAUCGAUAAAUGCUACGUUUGCCUUGUUUUUGAUUUGGAGCUAUGUGUAGCUUUAAGCACUUUUUUAUCUAUUUAUAAUUUAAAAUCGAUUAUAAACAAGGUUACACGUCUAAUA